AUGCGUCUGUCACUCGCUCUGUCUUUCUUGCCUCUGGCUCUCUCCGUCGCCGCUCUCAAGGUCACCGAGCCUGUUGAGGGUGCCGAGGUUGAUGUGUCCAAGUCUUUCACUGUCAAGUGGACCAGCGUCAACACCGACGAGACUACUGUCAACAUUGUCCUUGUCAACAACAAUGUCUACCCCCCUGUUGAGGAGAAGAUCGCCUCCGACAUCGAUACCUCCAAGGGCAGCUACACUGCUUCCGGUCUCAAGGAUGUCACCGACGGCCACGGCUUCCAGGUCAACCUUCUGUCCACCUCCGAGCACAACACCGGAAUCCUCGCCCAGUCUCAGCAAUUCAACGUGACCGAGUCCUCCAAGAGCUCCACCACUUCUACUGCUACUGGCUCGACCACCUCUACUGGAACCGCCACCGGCACCUCCACUGGUACCUCUACCGGCACCGCCACUGGUCUCACCACCAGCGCUUCCACCACCGGCACCGCUAGCGGCACUGCUUCCGCCUCUGCUACCCCCUCUACUGGUGCUGCCAUGUCUCUCAUCGCUCAGCCCAUCGCUAUCGCCGGUAUGAUGGCUGGUGCUCUCGCUUUCAAUCUCACGACAAGAUGUGGAGAAUUUGGGUUGAGAAUUGAGUACCUCUAA